AAUCUGAUCCCGGCUACGAAGCAAAACAGGGUUUUCGUUCAUCGAUUGAUUCUCGUACAGUUUAUUCUUCAAAAACCCUAAUUUUGUUUUUCUUCCAUCGAUUCAAUUCAACAAUUAGGUUUCGAAGCUUCAAAGCUAGGGUUUUUGCGCCACAUUAAUGGCCGAAACUACCACUAUGGAGGAGGUCGCAUUUGAUGCGAAACGGAAACCUGCUGAUCCUUGCUGCGAAGCGAAAGAGGAGCGUUCGAACAAACUUCAGAAGCUCGAAGUGGUUGAAGGUGAAGAAUCUUGUAAUGAUGUGAAGAAGAAUGGUGAGAAUGGUGAUCACCAUAAGGAAAAUGAUGAAUCGAUUGAUAAUGUUUCUUCUUCGGUUGCGGAAGGGAAAGAUGACGAUGGAGUUGUUGGAGCUGAUUUAGACGCGGGAGAUGAGGUGGAGGAUGAUGAGGAUGAAGACGACAGUGAGAAUGGUGAAAAAUCGAGUGGAAAAGCGGCGGAGGAUCGGAAGGGGAAGGGGAUUAUGAAGGAUGACAAAGGAAAAGGGAAAUUGAUAGAGGAAGAUGACGACGACGAUGAAGAUUCCAGUGACGAUGGAAGUGAAUUGGAUUCUGAAGAGAGCGAUUUGUCGGAUGAUCCACUUGCGGAGGUCGACUUGGACAACAUCCUUCCUUCAAGGACGAGGAGGCGAAAGGUUCACCCUGGAGUUUAUUUUGCUACGGAUCUGGGGAACGACGACGAUGAUAGCAGUGAUAGUGAUGCUUGAAACGUUCAGAAGGUUACACGUUUUCUUGUUUUCCCACUUUGACAUCCAAAGCGUUGAGGGUUGCUUGCAUCCAUGGCUAUCUUUAAUAUGCAUUUUUCUGAACGACGUAGAAGCAAUGUUUAGUCUUUCUUUGUAGGAGGGGAUUGUACUCACUCACACUCUUAAUUGUAAGCUAAAAUUAAUGGAUAUCAAGGGAGUUUGUAACAUUUGAUUCUUCACCUAUUGGAUAUGUUAGUGAUGCCAAUACUCUUGCA